GCCUAACCCUCGAAAUCGGACCGUGCCUCUACUGAAGUAAAACUAAACGACGUAUAUCGGACAGCCCUUACCGUAAGGAGACGUAACCCUAGGAUUGGGUGCUGCCAAGGGAGUAUUCGCCAUUAUUGUGGGGUUUGACGAGUUCUACCUGGUCGAUGUCGUACCUAUACGGACGCGUACUGUCUUAUAUUUGGACUUUCAUUACUUAACGACGUUGUGUAAUCCCGUCAAGUUGUUCGGAGCCUUCCUGCCGCUUCAAAUUCGUCAAAUAUGGCUUCUAAAAAUGUGCAAGCCACCUCUUCCAGCGAGGUCCUCGUUGAAGCUCCGAAGCUUCCUGAUAAAUAUGCCGAUGAGAGUUAUAAACUCUUUUCGCAAGUUAAAGUCGACCCCCCAACACCAGAGGAGGCAGAGCAAAUUCGAAAGAAGAGCGUCAGAUGGAUUCUAUCAUUCCUGUGUGUGGGAUAUCAUUUGAUGUAUGUCGAUAAACAAACAUUGGGAAGUUCAUCUAUUCUUGGCUUACUCGAAGAUGGCCAUUUGAACUCAAACCAGUAUAACUGGCUGGCGUCAAUAUUCUACUUCGGUUAUAUGUUAGCGGAAUGGCCUCAGAACUGGGCCUUGCAACGAUUCCCAGUUGCGAAAUGGCUAGCUAGUAACCUCAUUGUCUGGGGUGGUAUUUUAUUGUUACACAUUCCAUGUAACAGCUUCGCCUCCUUUUUCGUCGUUCGCUUCUUCCUGGGGCUAGCGGAAGCAUGCAUCGUACCUGCGUUUUUAUUGACGCUGUCUAUGUUCUUCACAUAUGAUGAGCAAGCAGUUCUGAUGCCCAUAAUGUGGGCGGCGGGCAAUUCAUCGCCCAUAACUUCAGGGUUGCUAUCGUACGGAGUACUGUGGAUUGAUACGGGCAACUUUUCAUCUUGGAGAUGGUUCAUGGUUAUUACUGGAACUUUGACUAUUAUCUAUGGGAUAACUGUCUGGCUUUUCUUCCCCGAUAAUCCCAUCUCCGCGCAUUUCCUGACCUUGGAAGAGCGGGCGCAAGCCAUCCUGCGCAUCUCUUCUAACCAUUCAGGUAUCGAGCAAAAGCGCUUCAAAAAGUAUCAACUAAUCGAGGCGCUCAAGGAUCCCAAGACCUGGCUUUUCUUCUUCCAUGCUUGGUCGCAGGAAAUGGCCAAUGGUUUGACAAACCAGUACUCCCUAAUCAUCAAGUCGUUUGGUUUCACUACACUUCAAACCACAUUGUUAGGGUGCAUCACGGGCCUCACGUCUCUAAUUUCGCUAGGUGCCGCGGCUCUCUUUUUGUCGAAGACGAAGAAUAGUCGUGCGUGGAUCUCGGCCGCUGCGUACAUCCCGCCUAUAGUCUCCAGCAUAUUGCUCAUCACCCUCCCCUGGAGUAACCGCUGGGGCCUUUUGACGGCUAUCUGGAUCCGCUCAACUGGUGGAAUUCCUUACAGCGUAGUCAUGAUUUGGGCAGCUAACUGUUCCGCCGGCCACACGAAGAAAACCGCUGUCAUCGCUCUAUACCAUGUAGGAUACGGGUUAGGAAACAUUCUUUCGCCCCAGCUAUUCCAAGAACAAUACAAGCCCAGGUAUAUCGUGACUUGGUGGGUAAUUCUAUGGAUCGCAUGUGUACUACCGACAUUCAUUGUCUUGACCCUGCGAUGGUACUUAGUAAGGGAGAAUAAGAGGCGAGACAAGUUAGCAGAAAGUGGAGCGAUUAGGGAGAUUGGAGUCAUCGAACAUAUCGACGAGAAUGGUGAACGAACGGAAGAGGUAGUUGAUGCGAGGCAGUUGGAUCUUACUGAUCGGGAAAAUCUUGCAUUCCGUUACGUUCUCUAGUAUUGGUCGUGAUAUAUGGGUGUCCUUACGAUUUACGAGUAUGCCUUUUGAAGAGCGCUUUACCGGCUCGUGGUGUUUUUAGUAGAAUACC